AUAAGCUCGAGACACAAAAUCAUGUUUGCUUUUUGCUUUAUUUUCUUCUUUCUAUUUUUCACGCUGCUUUCCAAAUUGUUCUUAACAUGCAGAAUUCAAAGACCCAGAAGGGAGAUUAUGGUUACAAAGAUAGAAAAUCUUCCACAAGAAUCACUAUCCAACAUUCUAUCUAGGUUACCAGCGAAAGAAUUGUUGAAGACCAGGUUUGUUUGCAAAUCAUGGUUCAAUCUCAUAACCGAUCCUCAUUUUAUUAACGAUUACUAUGUUUUUUACAACAAUCUUAUUUACUCUCAAAAUCAAGAGGAGAAACUCUUGGUUAUUCACACACCGUUUAUUUCCGGUGUGGAAACUUUUAUUUCUCUUCUUUCUUGGAAUUUCAGUGAUCCUGAGAAACAUGUUUCUUCUUCUCUUGUAAAACUUCCGGAUGAAUACAUUUCAGAUCAUAAAUAUUGGACUGAAAUAAUGGGUCCAUGUAAUGGUAUUUACUUUCUACAAGGAUAUCCAAAUUUCAUGAUGAACCUUUCUCUUAAACAGUUCAAGGCUUUGCCUGAAUCUCAUAUAACAUAUUCAGAUGGAACUUAUUCUCUCACUGAAUUUGCUGGAUUUGGAUUUGAUCCUAAAAAUAAUGACUAUAAAGUUGUUUUCUUAAAAGACGUUUGGUUGAGGAAAACAGAUGAAAGACAAAAAGGGUGUUGGAAUGUUGAGUUAUACAGUCUUAAUUCCAACUCUUGGAGAAAGCUUGAUGCUCAAGAUCUCCCUCUUCCAAUUGAAAUUUUGAGUUCUUGUUCUCAGGUUUAUACUUAUAUGAACAAUUAUUGUCAUUGGUGGGGUUAUGUUGAGAAGUAUGGUAGCGGAAUAGAAGAUGUUGUUUUAGCCUUUAACAUGGUUGAUGAAUCAUUUAGAAAGAUAAAAGUGCCUAAAUUAGAGUAUUCUAAUUCUAAUUCUUCAGUUGAAUGUUUUAAAACAUUGGUACCUUUUCACGAAUCUGAUACUAUUGGUGUCGUAGUUUAUUCUUUAAGAGGAAUAGAGAAAUGUUAUGAUGUUUGGAUGAUGAAGGAUUAUUGGGAUGAAGAGUCUUGGAUUAAGCAAUACAGUGUUGGACCUGUGCCUAUGAUUUCAAAGUUUGUUGGAAUCUAUGGGAGCAAUGGAUUUCUUUGGAUAGAUACAAAUGAAAGGUUGGUAUUGUAUGAGUCUGAGAUACAAAAUACAAUGGAUAUUCAUGACUAUGAAAAACAUGAUUCAAUAAGAGCAGUUAGUUACAUGGAAAGUCUUGUUUUGAUUGAAAGGGGAAGAGAAAGAAGUCAUCAAUAUUUUUUAUGUAGAUUGGUUCAGAUCAUCUACAGAUGUUUUAUUUGUAUGAAGUUUUUUCUUUCCUUUUUUUAUUUCAAGAAAUACAUUGAGUAACAACAUAUAAGGUUUUUGAUUCCCUUGUGAACAUUGAACACAAUGAAUUGAAGUGGGAUCAGAAACAUUUGACUGUGAUUACCGUAAUAAUAAUGAUAAAGAUGACAACUACAUAUAAAAAUAUUUAUUUUAUAGUUAGUUGUCUUAUAAAAUGACAUCAAUAGUUGGCCGUGACACCAUUAUUUUUCUGGUUGAAAAUAAAAAUUGUUUUAUGCACUAAUAUACAUAUCACAUUGUUUGUCAAGAAAAAAAAAAUGUACAUCCAGCAACAAGUAAAAUUCUAAUUGAAUGAAUGUGAGUAUAUAAUCAAUAAAAAUAAUACGUUUG